AUGGCGCCUUCAAAAAAGCAAGAUCAGCCCUCCGACAGGGAUUUCUCGGACAGCGAAAUGUCCUCCGACAUUGAGUCGAGCAGCAGCGACGUCGAGGUCGGUCAACAAAAACCAACGGGCGCGCUGUACGAAAAGGAUGCAGACGAGGAAGAGCUGGAGAGACUAGUCCUUGGGGACACGGCGGGCUUCCGAACCAACUUAUUCAAAGAUGACGGCAAAGACUCCUUUGGCGGGCUGGGUGACGACGUGGACAUGGACGCCGACACGGGCAACUUGGAAGAGGUGGACGACAACGACCUUUUCAUGCUCGACAGCGCCGCGGCUGGAGCCAAGGGUCCCGUCACGAUGGCUCCCAAUGUGCUCAAUGACCCCAACGCCCCGGUGUGGGUAGACAGCGACGAUGAGCGCCUGGCCAUCUCGCUGGCCGGCACGACGCGCCUGCGCAAGCUCCGGCUCACCGAGGCCGAAGAUCUCGUCAGCGGCACCGAGUACUGCCGCCGUCUGCGUCAGCAAUUCCUGCGUCUCAACCCUGCGCCCGCCUGGGCGCAGCAGGCCGAGGGCCGACCGGCCAAGCGCCGCCGCUCCUCUGCCGCGGCCUCCAACUCGGACUCGUCAGACAGCGACUCCGACCCCGACGACCACGGCCUCAGCGCCGACCCGCUCAAUCGAUUUCUGCGGAGCGCCGUUGGUCUGGGCGGCGUGGGCGGCAGCAGCGCAAAGGGCCCGCGUCGGCUGCGGCCCGAGGUGAUUGACAUUCAGCGCACGCGCGAGAUCCCCGACAAGCACAAGGCGGCGGUGGCGUCGCUGUCGUUCCACCCGCAGUACCCGGUGCUGCUGUCGGCGAGCAGCGCGUCGAUUCUGUACCUGCACCACGUGGCGCCCGACGCGCAGCCGACGCCCAACCCGCGGCUGACGUCGGUGCAGGCGCGGCAGGUGGACGUGCGGCGCGCGGCGUUUCUGUACCCCGAGGGCGACAAGAUUGUGUUUAGCGGCCGCCGGCGCUACUUUCACACGUGGGACCUGCCGUCGGGCGUCGUCAGCAAGACGACGCAGGUGCUCGGCCACCGCCUCGAGCACAAGACCAUGGAGCGCUUCCGCCUCAGCCCCUGCGGGCGCUACAUGGCCGUGGCGGCGUCGACGCGUAAAGGAGGCGGCGUCGUCAACGUGCUGAGCGUCGCGUCGACGCAGUGGAUCGCCGCCGCGCGGCUGUCGAGUCGUCACGGCGUCGCCGACUUUGCGUGGUGGAGCUCGGGUGACGGGCUCUCGGUGCUCGGCAAAGACGGCCAGGUCGGCGAGUACAGCGUCGAGAGCCAGUCGUUUGUCGGCGUCUGGCACGAUGAGGGCUGCGUCGGCGGCAUCGUCAUUGCGCUCGGCGGCCACCAGGGCCCCAGCGCUCUCGGCGACGAUCGCUGGGUCGCCAUCGGUUCCAACAGCGGCAUCACCAACAUCUACGACCGCGCCGAGCUGCUAGCCGCGCCGGCCGCCAGGAACAACAACAACGACGACGAUGAGGACAACAAUCGACAAAUGCUCAAGGAAAGGCCCGCGCCAACGCGCACGUUUGAGCAGCUCGUGACGCCCAUCACGGCGCUCGCCUUCUCGCCCGACGGCCAGCUUCUCGCGUUUGGCAGCGAGCACAAAAAGAAUGCCCUGCGGCUGGCGCACCUGCCCACGUGCACCGUGUACAGGAACUGGCCGACACAGCAGACCAACAUUGGGCGCGUCACGGCGGUGGCGUUUGGCAUGGGGAGCGACUUGCUCGCCGUAGGCACUGACACGGGCAAGAUACGGCUCUGGAACAUUAGGAGUUGA